GUCACCGGACCCGGGAACAUAUAGUUGGGCUUCCACUCCCAAUAAAGGUGGCUUUAAUAGCGAAAUUGAAUUCCCGACUCAACGACCACCACUACCCCGUCAACCCGCCAACUACACAGAAUGACCAUCUACCUCCUCGACUACGGCGCUGGCAACGUCCGGUCGCUCGUCAAUGCUGUGGCUAAGCUCGGUUACUCCAUAAGUCCGAUCGAGAAGUUGGAGGAUUUCGAUAAGGCCGACAAACUGUUGUUCCCGGGCGUCGGCGCCUUUGGGGCAGCCAUGCAACGGUUGUCGACGACGGGGUAUGACCAGGCGUUGAAGAAAUACAUAGCGUCCGGCCGACCUUUUAUGGGCAUCUGUGUCGGGAUGCAAUGUCUCUUUGAAGGGUCGGACGAGAGUCCCGGUGUGCCUGGGUUAGGCCUGUUUCCAGGAACUGUCACACGGUUCAAAUCCGACACAAAGUCGGUACCGCACAUGGGAUGGAACAGCGCUGCGGUUCAACAACAGGAACAGGGCGGCGAAGGGCGGUGGUUGAACCAUGACGGGGACGAAGGCACGCGAUACUACUUUGUCCACUCGUACGCUGUCCCAGCCCACGACGCCGAAUGGGAAUUCGCAACAACGACGUAUGGCGAGGAACGGUUCGUCGCGAGUGUACGGAAGGGCAACGUGUUUGCGACCCAGUUCCACCCGGAGAAGAGCGGGUUUGCUGGGCUUAAAGUCCUGCGAUCGUUCUUGCAAACGACAACAUUCCCAACCACCAUCGUCCGCGUUCCAUCACAACAGCAGAAACCAGAACGCGAUCACCUCACACGCCGUAUCGUUGCCUGCCUCGACGUCCGCGCCAACGACGACGGUGACCUGGUCGUUACGAAGGGCGACCAGUACGAUGUCCGUGAACAACUGAACGACGGGACGGGUUCCCGCGUGCGUAACCUCGGCCGCCCCGUCGACCUCGCGCGAUCGUACUUCGAGCAAGGCGCGGACGAAAUAACUUUCCUGAACAUCACAGCCUUCCGCAAUGUACCCCUCCGCGACCUGCCCAUGCUCGAGGUUCUCAAACGCACGUCCGAGUCCGUGUUUGUGCCCUUAUGCAUCGGCGGCGGGAUCCGCGACAUCACCGACCCCGAAAAGGGCACCGCCGUCCCCGCAUUAGAAGUCGCGGGCGCCUACUUCCGCUCCGGCGCCGACAAAGUAUCCAUCGGCAGCGACGCCGUCUACGCCGCGGAAGAUUUCCACCAUAAACACAACAAAGAACCCACAGGCCUCACAGCAAUCGAACAGAUCGCCCGCGUCUACGGAUCUCAGGCCGUAGUCAUCUCCGUCGACCCACGCCGUGUUUAUGUUGCAUCACCAGAUGCCGCACCCACCCACACCGUCAUCUCCACCACCACCCCGGGCCCCGCGGGGGAAGGAUACUGCUGGUACCAAUGCACAGUCAAAGGCGGCCGCGAACCCCGCGACCUCGACGUCCACCAACUCGUCACGGCGUGCGAAGCCCUCGGCGCCGGUGAGAUCCUCCUCAACUGCAUGGACAAGGACGGGACCAACUCCGGGUACGAUCACGAACUUAUUUCUAUGGUUAAAUCCGCGGUCAAGAUCCCUGUGAUUGCAUCCAGCGGCGCGGGAAGGGUCGAGCAUUUUGUGGAUGUGUUUAGGCAGACGGGCGUUGAGGCUGCGCUUGCGGCGGGGAUUUUUCAUAGAGAGGAGGUGCCGAUUGGAGCGGUGAAGGCGUAUCUGCGGGGGGUGGGGGAGGAGGUUAGGGGGGUUGAGAGUGAUUUGUGAAUAUAGAUUCUUGUUCGGCGUAGGACGGCUAAGGGGAUCGGGUGUAUUUCAUUUGUAUUUAGAUCAGAGUUCAUUGCAGACAUCCAUCCAUACACGGUCGGCGACAGACCUCUAAUCCGUGGGUUAAC